ACAGAAGUAUCUCUCCUGUUUAUGGUGUGUUCACACUGAACUGUUUCAGCGGCGAGAAAUGCCCGCAGGUUAGUGUAAUGGAGGGGAGGCAGAUUUGCAUUUUGAAGCGUAAUUGGACUGGGGAAUUCGUUUUCUCUCUGUACGGGCGGCAGCUUGUCACGGGAUUGAAAGCUGCCAGUGUAAAGUCGAGCAUGCUACUUUCCGCGACCAGGCACUGAGUCCCUCAACCCAGCCACUCGUUUGCGAAUCCUUUGUCCCAAUAUUGUCUCUUUUUCGUUUUCAUCACUGGCACAUUCGGGAUGUUACCUUUAGCUCUGAUCGGAUAGGCACUUAAGAGACCGAGCAUGUGUUAAUCCGGACUCUCUCACUCCAAAGUGUUUAGUUGACGGUGUAUCCCCAAACUCACCAGCGCCUUCACACUCGCGUCUCCCUUCUGUACCACGGGACCAAAAUCAUACGAUCUCUAUUUCAGUCUGGAAACUCUUUCUUCCGGCUUCUGACUUUGCCAGGGCUGAACCCCCCUCCCCUCAGUUGCCGUCGGCGAUGCAUCGAAGUUCUACUGUGCAACUUCCCGUGCAGAAAACACAAGCCGAGAGCAAACCUCCAUCACCCGUCUGUGUGAAUACCUGAAAUCUAGAACUCCCUAGGGCGACACCCCAGGCAUCCAUCCUGAAAAGACGAAAUCCUUCGAUUCGUCGCGGACGCAGUGUCAGAGGGGAUCGCAAGGCGUAUCAUAAUGCAAAAUGAAUCGAGUAACCUGGAAGUUUUUCCUUGUUGUUCAGGACAAGUGAGUUCCUGUCGUGACUCUCUGACUCUCAAAAAGUCGACUGAGGAAGACUGUCCGCAAACUUCCGAGCAGAACUGUGGCCAGCUCCCACCAGUCUCACCCGCCUCGAACUGGUUCAUCCACCCCCUUCUUCUUCCGCUGCUGCCUUCAAGAUUUGCUUUCAAAAAUCCUUCGUGGCCACCAACUCCCAAGAAGAAACGGAAUCUUGUGAAUGGGUGUUCUGCGCCGCCGCCAUCUCUAGGGGUGAGAGGCAGUUCGAGUGGAUCGUCGAAGCUGGCGAGUCGUCCAGACUACCGUACAGAAUGGGUGUCGCAAGUCAACGCAGAAACCGAAAAAUGUCCGGACGCGCCGGCUAAAAGCCCGGAUUCCAAUGCAGUAAAUGUAUCUCAUCACUUUUCGACAAGUUCGAAGAGUCGGAAACGGAGGAAGGUCGUCCAUACCCCAAAGAAGGCUGUUUCAAAUGGAGCGGCUGCUCAGGCGGAUCUAUCGGUACCUGUAAACGCUGCCGAAGCGGCUUCGGGAGAUUUCCCAAGCAUUGAAAACGGCGUGUCUGGUGAAGAAAAAACGGCAACGUCCAGUGAGUCCGCGAUAUGCAGACCUACUCGCGCGUCCCAGCUUUCAACGCAUGCUUCCAGUCCGUCAAAUCGCUGCCAGAACGACUCGCCCCGGCUCAUGAACAGAAUCGUAACAUGUGGCAACGCAUCUGUUGCAGACGGGGUAAAAACCGAGUUGGAAUGUGGACAGACGGAUACAGUGGCUGAUUCAAGCGAUUCGUCUGUCUUUGGCGGAAACGCAUUGGACGAAGUGACGCGCGCCGAACGAGGCUCCGCUCUCUGCCGGAAUCAUGGAAAUCAAACGCCAGCCCCUUCAUCCGACGGUCUUCCUCGUGAUUUGCUCGAUACUACGGAGAAAGAACGCUUUUCUCCGACGCAGCGUGGAUCCGUAGACGACGGGGAAGGUGCGACGGAGAGGCCACAGCAAGCAAGUUCUGUCCGCUCCUCACUUACCGAGACACAAAGUGAUUUCAAGAGCGAAAAAACAGGCUGUUGUCCUUCGUUCGGCUUUCUACGGACCUCCCCUACAGCUGGGGAAGUUUCGGAGCUUGUACUGUCAGAUGUGUACACCGGCGUGCAGACACCGUCGAAAGCAGUGAAAGUUCGAGCUAGCGUACUCAGCGAGAAAAAGGGUAACGCCGGUGUCGAUGCUGUUGAGAAAAAGUGCGGCGCAGACGCAACAUCCGCGUCGCCGCUCACGAGUCGACAAGGGCCCGGUAAACUGGUUGCAAUUCGAUGGGGAGAAGCUCCAUACCCGGUGAGUCGAGAGACCACCCCGUCAAGAAGAGCUUCUGAAUCGCAGUCUCGGGUGCAGUCCUCUCAGUCAUCUCGAAACCCUUCCAAAGGGCCAUUUCUGCCGUCCAUUGGCUGUGGCUUAGUUGUGUCUGCUUCCUCCCUAGGACGAGGAAGCGGCCUCGGCGUCUAUGCCACGAGAGCGUACAGUGCCCGGUCACGAAUUGGCGAGUAUGCAGGCUUGUGUGUUGACAGGAAAGUGGCAAUGAUGCUCCGUGGUAUGGGCACUUCCACUCAUGUGAUGCGAGUAGGGAUGCAGUAUCAGUAUUUAGUUGGCUACAGACUCCCUUUUGUCUUCGGCGGUGCCGGCGCGUUUGUGAAUGACGGCCGCUGGUUUGCAGAUGGACGGAAGGGGCCUGGGGUCACCGCCAGAUUUCAUGUCGCUUAUGACAAAAAACGAGCCAAAGAUCGCGUGUAUGUAGUCGCAACACGGGACAUUGCGGAGGGCGAGGAAGUCUUCACCAGCUACGACAAUCAGUACUGGGCUCUCCUACACUGAAACGAAUUUGAUGCACAGUCAGACUUUUUUCAGUUCGGCUGCACCAACGGCCGUGUCCACUCGUGGAUGUACAACAGACACCUGCGGCUUUUCUUGAAUGGUCCUCCUUAGUUUUUUUUGUGUUUGAGAAGCCGUCGACCCCGACGCCUCUUGAGUGGAUGCGCUUGUAAGGAAGGCCGCAAAGCGACAGUAGAGGGAAAACAGACGGCGGGUUGAGGAGACGUCAGGGGUAACAGCCAGGUGAAAAAAGUCGUGUUCGUCUGUCAUGUUCACGGAACUUGCAUCAAAAGCCAAGGCCGUCGAGAAGGCGAAUCGAAAUUUUUGACUGGUAUGCGGGCGGUUAAAUACCACUGACAAGACAGGCAAGUGCCACGAUUUCAUUCACCGGCUACGACUUGGCUGCUACGGAGCAAUCGCAGCACUUUAGUCCGUUGACGUAAAUAUGCAUUCUCUCCUGAAUACCAAUCAGGUGUCAGCAGAGUUCUGUGAGGCCGGCAAACGCAGAGGAGUGCUAGCGGGAGACGUCAACGGAUUAUUCAAGUUCAAGAGCAAGUUUCACCAAUGCCAAACACGUCACACCUCAUUGCGGAUGCAAUGUUAACCCAGCGCAUUUGCGGAUACAAUUUCUCGAAUUUUCUGCCGAGAGUAUGUUUCGCUGUGACACACUGCUCAGUUUUUCAACGUCACUCACAUGUAGCAUGAUUGCAGCACUCCUCGUUACCUCUUGAGACUGUGUACAAUGCUGGAACGACCUGGGGGGCACCAUCGUAGACAAACACAGAAGACUUCGAUUCUCUUAGGCUGAUGAUACCAGGCAUAUUGUGUUUCCUUUGUGGUGGGAGUGAUGCUG